AUGAUUUCAGGGUUUUUAGUUUUUAUUUCGCUGGUGGUGGCACUUGGCGGGUUCGUGUAUGGUGUCGAUUCGGGGAUUAUCGCUACAACACUUGGCCAUGACAGCUUCAAGUACUACAUGCUUGGUCCCACGGGCAUCAAUGCUCCACUGACUGGCGCUAUCGUGUCCUUGUACAAUGUCGGCCAGGCCAUUGGCACCUUUGCGGCAGGGUACUCGGCCAACAAAUUUAGUAGGCGAUGGACAAUCUGUGGGAGUGCUAUCAUAGCGAUAAUCGGCGCGGUAUUACAAACCGCAUCGAUCAAUGCUGGUAUGAUGAUUGCUGGACGCUUCUUCGCUGGUGCUGGCUGUGGAAUUCUCCUGACAGUCGUUCCGAUCUACAUCGCCGAGGCGUCGCCUCCACAAAAUCGUGGUAUGAUCGUUGGUCUGCAGGGGAUGAUGAUCGCUAUCGGAUUUUUCGCAGCCAACUGGAUUGGAUAUGGCGGUGCAUAUGCAAAGGGUAACGCGCAGUGGCGUAUCCCGCUGGCAAUGCAGAUUCCGGGUCCUCUUCUGCUGGUGAUUGGGUGCUGCUUCAUUCCCUAUAGUCCUCGGUGGUUGGUCCAACAAGAACGGCAUGAAGAAGCUCGUGCGGUUCUAGUCGCCUUACAUGGCAAAGACAAUGAAACUCUUGUCGACCAGGAGUUAUUCCAGAUACGAGAACAAAUCCAACUGGAAGCAUUGGCCGGCACAAGCUUCUACUCCGCCCUGCGGCAGCUACUUUCAAGACGCCAUAUCCGCCGCACCACGCUAGCCUGCUUCAUACUCGUCAUGAGCCAGUUCAGCGGCUCCUCCGUCAUCCAGAACUACCAAAGCAUAUUUUACAAGGCCGUCGGCUUCACCGGCAAAACAUCCCUACUUAUCAGUGGCGUAUACGGCAUCAUGGGCGUGAUAGGCCAGGUGAUCUACCUUUUCAUCGCUGCUGACAGGUGGCCUCGAGUCCGUACGUUGUGGGUAGGAUCGAUCUUCCUAUCCGCCAUGGUCGCCAUCUGCAUGGCGUUAUCGGCCAUUUAUGGAUCGGGUACGACCAACGUUAACGGCGCCCGCGGCGCCAUCGCCAUGAUUUUCAUAUAUUCCGCAGGGUAUGCCGUUUUCUUCAAUGCCAUGGUUUGGGUAAUUCCUUCAGAACUCUUCCCGUUCAUUCUCCGGUCGGCGGGAAUGGGCCUAUGCGUCUUCACCAAGUCAGUGGCGGCUAUCAUCUUGUCCCAGAUCACCCCCGUGGCUCUCGAAAAUGUCGGAUGGAGGUACUACGCGCUCUUCAUUGCGACCAAUUUCGCCGCAGCGUUGGUGUACUAUUUCUUCUUGCCCGAGACCGGUGGUAAAUCGCUCGAGGAAAUUGCGGAGCUCUUCGGCGAUACUUUGGCCACUGCACGCCUCGAUCAGAUGGAGGGAGAUGAGAAAGCUGUGCAGCCUGUCCAUGUGGAAAGAGUGGUGUGA